AUGGGGUCCCUCAACGGGGGCAGGGCAGCCGCCACAGGACGGGUUUUUGAGCCUGUUUCAUCUGAUGCAUCCAUGGAAGAAUCUGGCCUAGGGGCAAGGAAGCCCUGCGCGGCGGGGCGGUUCCGGGGUGCCACCACGUAUAGGAGCCGCCCACGGAGCGCGCGCGAUCGGUCCGGCUCUCGAUUGUCAGCGCGCGGCCAUGAACCGCGCCCGGGCACUGCGCUUGCUGCGGGGGUCCAUUCGGCCCCGGCUGGGGCUCCCCGCAGCGGCCGAUCCGGAGGCAGCGCCCCGAAGGUUGUGAAAUCGGGUCGGGAGCGGCAGGGGUGGCGGGCCGGGAUUCUAAAGCCGCGGGUGCAAGCGCUCAGUGCGCCUCGGCUGCGCCUCCGCCUUCUGGGGAGACCUGGCGGCCUCAGAUGGCUGGGAUUCUCAUCACUCUCACAUCAAGAGGAGCUAGAGGCCACUUCCAAACCUUUUGAAAAACAGUAUCUGAAUCCCACUACUAAAUAUGCAUCCGUCCUUCCCAAUAUGAUUUCAUUCUCUUGGCUCCCAAGCAUUAUCUGCAUUUUUUGCUUAUCACGCAUCGGCACAAUACAGGAUUUCCCGUGGUGGAAUGCUUUCCUGAUGGACAGUCCAUCACAUCUAAGCCCCCUGGUGCUGGGAACUGGUCUCCCUUGGUACAGUGACUGAACAGUGAUUGUACGGAAUUAAUCAUCCUCAGCAUUUCCUGAUUGUGACUUCUCUCACGUUGCUAUGACUGAAAUACCGGGUCAGUGACUUACGUUGCAUUCACACACUUACUCAAUCACAAUA